AUGGCGAAACCGAACGGCGACGAGCAUCCCAUGCUGAGGGAGGGAUUGGGGCGGCUGCGAGGCAAGGUGGCCAUCAUCACCGGGGCCAACAGCGGCAUCGGACGGGCCACCGCGCGGCUGUUCGCGCGCGAGGGGGCCAGCGUUGUGUGCUGCGACAUCCAGGAAACCAUGACGCCGCGGGUGGAUGAGCUCAUCAUCGGCGAGGGCGGCGAGGCCACCUUCCUGAACGUAAACGUCACUGCGAAGGGCGGUCCCGAGGAAAUGGUCCAGACCGCCAUCGCACGGUACGGCGGCGUGGACAUCCUCUACAACAACGCCGGCGGCGGGAUACGCAAGCAGGCUCACGAGUUCACGGACGACGAAUGGAACUUCAUCAUGGACCUCAACCUGAACGCCAUCCAGAGGAGUGUCCGUGCGGUGGUCCCCCACUUCCUCGAGAAGGGUAGCGGCAACAUCGGAUCAGGAGGACAGGCCUUGUAUUGCUGGCGUGGAACCGUAGGGGUAGUGAAGCCGACGUUUCGGCCCGGUUCGCUUGAGACCUUCACGCGGCUCCUGCCGGAUGGGGUGUGUGUGGUGCCGCGUUACGUCGGCGUCCGCGCCGGCACGGAGGCCGAGUUCGACGAGGCCAUCGCCGUGGCCGAAUCCAGGGUGGCCGAGCUGGCCGAGUUCGGAGUGGACCUGGUGGUGAUCCAGGGAGUGCCGCCGAUCAUGCUCCGGGGCUACCGCUUCGACGGCGAGCUGACCGAGCGGCUGACCCGGCAGUACGCGGUGCCGGUACUCACCGCGACCACCGCCCAGGUGGAGGCCUUUCGCGCGCUGGAGGUACGCACGAUGGUGAUCCUCUCCUACAUCCAGGGCGCCAUGAACGCGAAGUUCGCCGCUUUCAUCGAGCAGGCCGGAUUCACGGUGACCGGAAUCGAGGAGAUCCGCGGUGUGGACUUCGCGGACUCGGCGAAAUCCCGGUCGAGGUGA